AUGUGGUUUUCGGCCUUACGACCCUUAUGCCUCACCGCAUUGGCUGCCGUGGCUCUCCUGCCCGGCGUCUCUGCAGAGGCUAUGCUGACGUCCAACUCAUUGAACACCUGCCAGGAGAACUCCAUGUUCACCGCGAGUCUGUUCAAAGUUGUCUACACCCCCAGCAACAGCUCGGCUUCCCUCAGCAUCGUCGCGACGUCCUCUGUCGAAGGAAGUGUCGUUUUUGACAUCGCCAUCUCCGCCUAUGGAUACGAAAUCAUCCGGACGACCAUCGACCCCUGCAAGACGGGGCUGGCUGGUAUGUGCCCCAUGACCGCCGGUAAGAUCCCCUUGGACUUUGUCUUGCCGGUCGGCAAAGACGCCGCCUCGCAGAUCCCCGGAAUCGCCUACACUUUCCCCGAUCUCGAUGCCACCGUCAAAGUUACCUUGAAUAUGACGGAUACCGGGGAGAGCGUCGCCUGCGUCGAAGCCGAUAUCUCCAACGGAAAGACAGUUGAUUUGAUCGCUGUCAAGUGGAUUCUUGCUAUUAUUGCUGGUCUGGUUUUCUGCUCCUCGGCUGUUAUCAACGGUCUGGGCCACUCCAACGCCGCUGCUCACAUCGCCUCCGGUGCUCUUUCGCUCUUCGGCUUCUUCCAGGCCCAGGCUAUGCUCGGUCUUACCGGCAUCCACCUGCCCCCGGUUGUUCAGUCUUGGACCCAGGAUUUCCAGUGGUCGAUGGGUAUCAUCAACGUCAAUUUCAUGCAGGAUAUCUUCACCUGGUAUCAGCGAGCCACCGGCGGAACCCCUUCAACCAUAUUCGACUCUCUGUCCACUGUCUCGGUACAGGUUGAAAAGCGUGGUCUCUCGCUGCUACCCGACGCUGCUGUGGACCUGUACCGGCGAUCAGCUUCCAUGCUUCCGCGAGCCGCUGGCGCGCUUCUCAAGCGAGGCAACGUCACGACGGGCUCGGGAAGUUUCCUAGUGUACGGAAUUCAGCGUGUCGCUUUCAAGGCUGGGAUCGAGACGACCAACUUGUUCAUGACGGGUUUGGUCUUCUUCUGCCUGUUUGUCGUGUUCACCAUUGCAGGUGUUGCUGCUUUCAAGGGCUACUGUGAACUGGCAGCAAAGCAGAAGUGGAUUAAAAGCGACACUUUCCUGGAGUUCCGUAACGGCUGGCUCACUGUCCUCAAGGGAAUCCUCUUCCGCCUGACGUUAAUUGGCUACCCCCAGAUGUCCAUUCUCUGUCUCUGGGAGUUCACCCAGGUCGACUCCCCCGCCGAAGUCGUUUUGGCUGUCUUCUUCCUCGUUGGAAUGACCGUCACUCUUGGCUGGGCUGCCAGCAAGGUUAUUCGCAUUGCGCGUCGGUCUGUCGCCAUGCACCGGAACCCGGCUUACAUCUUGUUCUCAGACCCUCAAGCACUGAACAAAUGGGGCUUCCUGUAUGUCCAGUUCCGGGCCUCGGCUUACUACUUCGUCAUUCCUGUCCUUGGUUACACGCUGGUCAAGUCGCUGUUCAUCGCUUUCGCCCAAGGCAGCGGUACUGCCCAGGCCAUCGGAUUCCUCAUUAUCGAAGCUGGUGCCCUCAUCGCGGCCAGUGUACUCCGCCCCUGGAUGGACAAGAGCACCAACUCGUUCAACAUCGCCAUCUGCGCCGUCAACUUCAUCAACGCCAUUUUCCUUCUGAUUUUCUCCGACGUCUUUAACCAGCCUGCGAUAGUCAAUGGUGUCAUCGGCCUCAUCCUGUUUUUCCUCAACGCCAUCUUCGCCACUGUCCUCCUAAUCAUGGUCAUCAUCUCAACGACGCUUGUCUUCUACCGCAAGAACCCGGAUACCCGCUACCAGUUCAUGGCUGACGACCGAGCCUCGUUCAUGAAGUCGCAAUCCCAACUGACCGGUACGACCGAGCUGGAUGCGCUCGCGGCCACUGCCCGUGGUGACAAGGCCGGAUACAGCAAGCAUGGCUUGGACCUUGACGACGACAACGAGUCCAUUUCGUCGGCGUCUCUGCGGCGCCGCACAGAUACGUCGAACCUGGAGCUACCAAUGGCAGACCCGAACAGCUCUCGCGGCCGAAACAACUCAAACCCUCCUCGCUCGCCUGUGGACCCGUCGGUGCCACUAUUCCCGGCGAGCGGAGGACCACAGCGAGCCCCGAGUCCAUAUAGCGACUCGCCAGGCUCAUUCCGGGCGCAAAACAACUCGACUCCCAGCGGGUUUAGAGCACAGAACAAUGCAAGCCCCUGGCAACGAGGUGCAGGCUAUGACCACUAG